CUGUCAUUAUUUGUUGGCAUGCGGCUUAAUAGAAAAGUAUGAAACAAAGAAAGUAAAAAAACAAUCGCUCGUAUCCGACAUUUGCAGUCAGGUUAUGCUUAGUAGACCAUACGCCGCCCCUAAAGAAGUCAGUUAAAUUUUCUACAAACUGUAGACAGUAAAACUAUAGAAAACCCAAAGAUGGCUUUAAUCCAAAACAAUGUAGCAGUGUUGCUGUUAUAUGUUGCGCUGAUUGAGAGCUGUGCGAGUGCACCCGAGAAUUGUACAAGGAAUAUAAAAUUUGUAUCGGAAUAUCUACGUCAGCUACGCAGGCUUGUUGGUGAAUGGGUGCUUAUCAAUUGCACAGUUAAUUACCAUGACAUUAAUGUUCAACUUUUGGAUGAAAACGAGAAGCCUUUACAUUUUGAGAACAAAAACAUUAAAAUUGUAGUAAAAAAUAUCUUCAAUGUGACAAAAGUAACACAAGACCACAAAGAGUACAUCUGUAAAGCUUGCAAUGAGAAAAGAACUAUACGUGUCAUCCCUCAAAAAAGUGUGCCAUCCUAUGCGAAUCCUUCAAUUACGGUAGAACCAAAAAAAACUGAAUAUGAUCUUGGUGACAAGGUUUCGCUAGAUUGCAAUAUUGCUGGUAUUCAAUUCAUAUAUGCUUCCAUAUACUAUAAAUUUUUUUGGAAGAAGAAUGGAAGAAACAAAGAAAAAUGUGAAACAAAAAACUGUAAAAGAACGCUUGUUAUUACCGCAGAAUCUGAAGGAACCUACUUAUGCUUGAUAGAAAGAAAGUAUGUUAAUUAUAAAUCAUACAGAAGCUUUACUUUGAAAGUCAAAGAGCUUGCCAGACCCAAAAUUUACAUUGAAAACGACGCAGACGAGUUCUCACUUGGUGAAGGAAAGAAUUUGACGUUUACCUACAACGUUACGUCUUAUCCUGCUGCUGAUAUCUUUUGGUCGCGUUUGAAAUAUGAUGGAUCAAACUAUCAGUUACUAACAAGAUGUUUUGCGCAUGAAAAACACUGCAAAAAUCAUGACGGACAAGAAAAAAUUACACGAAACAAGUUCGAAGUAAAGUUUGUCAGAUUCCCUGAUGACAGUUUAACUUAUCAGAUAAAAGCUGGCAAUGUAAAAGGAAAUGAGAUUAAGAAGAUUUCAAUAAAAAAACUAGUUGUACCUGAAAUUGACAUUAAAGACACAAAAAGAUUUUUAAAGAAAGGAUUUUCGGUCCUAAACUGUACGUUGAAGAAGAAAUUUGACCUACAUGAAGUAACCUUCAAAUGGUACAUGUGCCAAUCUGAUAUCUGUCAUGAUCAUAAAAACGAGAUGGAAUAUAUUUCAUCAAACUAUUCUUUAACAGUAAAGAAGGAAGGCAGGUAUCGCUGUACUGCCAACAAUGGCGGUGAAAUAGAUACAUCACCAAUAAUAACAGUUACAAAAAAAUCCAAACCAACAGAAGAAAAUGGACAGAAGAAAACAAUGAUGAUGUUGGUCAUACCUAUAGGCGUCCUCACUCUUGUCAUUUUGCUCAUUACUUCUUAUGUAUUGUACAAAAGGAAGAAACUUUACGGUGGCCUUUAUCUUCUUUCUUAUCCUCCAUUGCCUGACUACAUUGAAAAGAUUGAUAUGAAUGGAGAUAUACACGAGCAAAUACAAAGUCUUCCAUUCAUACCAGAAUGGGAGUUUCCAAGAGAAAGAAUAAAAUUCAUAAAUGAACUUGGGUCUGGUGAAUUUGGGGUGGUUUGGCUUGCAGAAGCAGUCGGUAUCUCAGCAUUUCGUCCAAGGGAUAUCCUGAGAGAGAAAGGAAGUCGAAGAAGAUUUUCAUUUUUUAACAGAAUGGUCAAAAGAAACAGUUACGUGUACAGCAGAGAAGUUACUAAAGUUGCUGUGAAGAAAAUCAAAGAUGAUGGGGAUCGAAACAAACUCAUUGAUUUGCAGUCAGAGUUGAAAAUAUUGAUUCAUGUUGGUGAAAAUGAAAACAUUGUAAACAUAUUAGGAGCUUGUACAAAAGGUGAAAGAACAAGUUUGUGUAUUAUUACGGAGUUCUGUGAACACGGAAAUCUUCGUCAAUUUCUCCGUGACAGUCGAAACAGAUACAAUCAAGACAAGGAAUACAUGAUGAACGAUUUAUCACUAGAUUUUGGACCACAAAAUCUGAUUCAAUGGGCGUAUCAUAUCAUACAAGGCAUGGAAUUCUUAAUAUCCAGGAAGAUCAUUCACCGGGACCUGGCUGCUCGUAACAUUCUACUUGGUACAGGUUACAUAGCCAAAGUUGGAGACUUUGGCUUGGCAAGAGAUAUUUACAAGUAUCAAGUUUACACGAAGAACACACCGGGAUUACUUCCUUUGAAGUGGAUGGCAAUUGAGUCAAUCAAGGAUUCUGUUUACACGGAGAAGUCUGAUAUGUGGUCGUUUGGAGUAGUUUUAUUUGAGCUGUUUACCCUAGGUGGGACACCGUAUCCCGGCUUACAUGUCAGUGAAGUAUAUGCCCAUUUGCUUAACGGAAAUCGAAUGGAGCCACCCAUCUACUGUCCUGACAUCAUUGCUGAUUUGAUGAAGAAAUGUUGGAUUGAAAAUCCACAACUUCGUCCAACAUUUGAAGAAGCGAAAAAAAUGGUAGAAAAAAAUGUCCCGACAAUUUCAUCCAGUGAAAAAGUGAAGGAUUUGGAAAAUUAUGAACAAAAUCAGAACAUAUCGACAAAAAUGUCGCAGUCAGAAGCAGAAAUUAAAUUACUCAAGGAAAGAAAAAUGGAAGAGAUUCCAAUGGCUUAACCAAUGGCUUAAAUCCUUUUUUGACUUCACAUUCAUAAAGAUUGAAGUUGAGAAAAAUAUCGUUAGAUCGAUGACAAAUUGACUUAUAUAGACGAAGUCUUAGCAAUAUAGCCUAGAUACAUUACAAUUGUAUUGAACAAAAAAGAAUGAGCAUAUUUUAACGCUAGUGUGAUGGCUACACUUGUUAAAUAAGAAGAUAUAUUUGAAAUCAAGUCUUUAUCCAAGCACUUUUUUGCUUUUUCAUUGGAAAACUUUUGCAGAAAUGUAGAAGCUUUAUUUAAAUUGUUGUGUACUUUUUGAUUAGAACCAAGGGCAGAAGAAUGUAGGGCUAAGGGGCUGCUCACCAAUAAUUAAAAUGGGGGUGCUAAGCCCCCCCCCCACAAAUAUUCCAUUGUAACAAAGAGCUUUUCAAUAUUCUUCCCAAAACAAGUCCUUGUUUGACAGGGGGAAUACAUAUUAGAUUCUCUCAUACUGCCUUUCUCAUAGAGAAUGAAGUAUUUAAUGGACAGUGUUUAAUUUUCCUGAAUCUCUGACUAAUAUUUUGCUCAAGGGAUAAGAAUGACACCCCCUCCAAGACUUUUCUUCUACUACCAAACAUCUUCUACUGCCAAUGUCUAGAACACACUGUUAUGAUAACAUAUAAAGAUGGUCAAUAACCAAGUUGUAAUACCAAGUUGUAAAUAUUCUGCUAAUUAUAACAUGUUGCAAUGAAAAGUAAAGCCUCAAUUACAUAAGAGAAGCUUUCAAAA